AUGGCCGUGUUGCCACCGACCGUACGCCCGAUCCAGCCUCCAGCUGGAUCCAAGAUCGAUUUUGGGGCUGAAAUUACGGGAGUUGACUUGGAAAAUCUUACGGACGAGCAUUUUGCGACCGUCCGCAACGCAUUAUAUCAGCACCACGUCGUCAUAUUCAAGAAUCAGCAGAAAAUAUCGCCCAAGGCACAAUACGAGCUCACCAAGCGAUUCGACCCUGCGGCCGAAAGUUACGGCCAUGGCAAGACCAUCGAUGCCAAGCGAAGCGUUCUUCAUCCCGACUUGAAGACCGUCCCCCAUCAGCCACAAGUUCAGAUCAUCGGGAACGGGUUUGUUCCGUCAUACGAGGGACUGGAAAACUUCCAACUCAGGCACCCCCAUCACCGUACUUUCCACAAGGACCACAUCCCAGACGACAAGGACUAUGACUUCACCCGCUUUUACCGGUGGCAUAUCGAUGCCGCCCUGUAUGAUCUGAACCCGCCCCAGGUGACCACCCUUCUGGCUGUCAGUGUCCCCAAGGGCCGUCGUCAAACAUUACUAUACGAUGAUGGCUCUGAUGAAACUAUGGAUGUCCCGCUGGGUACGACGGCAUUCGUGAGCGGCGAGCGAAUGUUCGAACUGUUGUCACCCGGAGAGCAAGAAUUCGUGCGGACGAGCAAGAUCGAAUAUGCCCCUCAUCCAUACAUUUGGAUGAGUCCCGCCCACUCCCGGUCCACUGGACUCGGCCUACACUCCGAAGGCCUAGAAUUGCCAGACAAGGAGCUGCCACCCAUCGACGACGAGAAGAUCAUGAUUCUGCCAAUGCUCUGGAAGAAUCCCGUCACCGGCAAGCUAGCAUUGCAGGUCCAUCCGUCAGCCAUCCGCCGGAUUCACCUUGCCGAUGGCUCCGUAAUUGACGACUUGGAACGCGUGCGAGACAUUAUCUAUAGGCUGCAGAGGCCCGCGAUUAGUCCCCAGUAUGUAUAUGCGCAUGACUGGGAGGAAGGUGACCUGGUCCUGUUCAACAACCGCGGGGUGUUACACUCUGUUGUUGGUGCUUUUAAGCCCGAUGAGGUGCGCUUGUUCCGUCAGUGCAACCUAGCCGCUUCUGAACCACCUGUGGGCCCUUGA